AUGGCGGCGGAGUGUUUGACAACACUGACGGAAAAAUGGAUCCGGGACAGAUUACGUCUUAAACAUCCGUGGCUCGGUGAUGUCCGGACACUGAGCCUCCCGGGGACGUGUGAGGAGAAGAUCAUACACCUGGGGCAUGCUCUGAAUAACUUCGUCCGUCUGAAGUCUCUGGACCUGUCCUGCAAUGCUCUCGUCUCUGUUGAGGGCAUCCAACAUUUAAAAAUGCUGGAAAGGCUGAUACUCUACAAUAACUGCAUCCCUUCCCUUGAAGAGGUAGAAGUUCUUUACGAACUGCCUUCUUUAAAAGAGUUGGACCUGCGGCUCAACCCUCUCACCAAAACGUACCCGCACUACCGCCCUUAUCUGGUGCACGCCAUGCCCAACCUGCGCAAGCUCGAUAGCUGUUCAGUCAGAGACACUGAGCGCAAAACUGCAAUAUUGCAGUUUUCCUCUGACCUUCUUCUUGAGGAGAAGAGGAAGAAAACGAAGAGCGCCUCUCAGAAUCCCACUGAAGAUCAAAGAAGCAGUAAUCAGAGACUGGCUUUAGUCGACCGCAUUACCAGGAGGCUCUCUCCCCUGACUGACAGUCACGACAUCGUGUUGAAUUUUGUUGAGACAAACAGCGCCGGCCAAAGGGGAAUCGCCUCUGACUCACUUCAUGAGGGAGCAGAGGAAUCCAAAGAGGAGAACUCAGAAGAUUAUACAGAACAAAGAAGUUCGACCCCAAAAAUGGAAUCUGCAAAGUCCAUCCUCAGGUGUCCAUCCACUAAAAAAGAUAAUGCAGAGUCCGAGGGGCUUCACGUGAAAAAAGCAUCUAAUAAGAAAAGCUCUACCUCACUAAAAGUGGCUGAAAAACCCAAAGUGUCGUUUGGCCCGUACGUGGACAGACCCAGCUCCGUGCCUGCAGACCACCAGAGAGACUCCCCCAAACACAGCAGACAUCCAGCCAGGGGCUUCUUCACCCCAAACCCCGACCCAAGCCGCCCUCGGAGUGCGUCCUUGAUGAACAUUCGCCCUCCCAGUCCGCGGCGUCCUGGUUUGAAUCUGUCUGACCCCUCUAACCCCAUCUUACAUCCGCCAAGACUGACGUACUCCAACAGGACAGAAGGGGGCUCCAGUCUGCCGCAGCACGCCCCAAAGAUGAAACGGGGUGGUUAUAGAAAACCUCUGGAGAUGCUGCUCAACCUGGUGGACAGACACUGGAAGGGAGAGAGAUCUCUGCAUCAUAACAACAACUUCCUGUCUCAAGCGGUCCAGAUACUCUCCAUGAUGGAAAGCGAUCUUUCCAGCCGGGAGGCCGAGGUCAGGACCUUGAGAAAGGAAGCCGAUGGUCUGAAAUUCCAAGCGGCGGCACGAGAGGAAGAGCACAGAACCGAAAUGAGCAGCCUCUCCGCUCGGCUGGAGGAGGCUCGCUCGGCGGUGGGCAGACUGAAUGAGCAGCUGAGGGUCGUCUUGGAGGAGAACGUCGACCUGCAGAAGCAGCUCAUCAAGCUGGAGCGGCAGUACCUCCGGUCUAUGAUGAAGAGCUCGCCGAUCAGUCAGAUCAGAGAGGCGCAGACAGAAGUAGACGAGCUGAAGAAGGAGAUCGAGGGUCUGAGGAAGAAAGUUAAAGAGUCUGAAAAAGACAAAGAGCUGUCAAACAUCCUGCAAGAAAGUCACAGGUCUCUGGUGGCGAACAGCGAACGUUUGCUUGCCGAGCUGAAGGAAAACGUGGAAAGCUAAAGACGCAUGGUGACUGAGGAGAAACGCUGUAGGAUAGAAAUUUCAAAGCAGAGUCUUCCAUUAGCUUGAGGCAGAGCAGCUACAGACUUUUUAAUAUUCUUUUUUUUUUAAUUUAAUUUAUUCUACUGCAGUGUACAUAGAAUUUUCCUGCAUAUUGAGUUCUCAGUGCUUUUGAUGAAUUAUGUUUAUUAUUUUGGGGCGGAAAAAAAUGUAUAGGCUGUGUUGGCUUGAUAUAAACUGUGAGAAGAGAAAGCAAUUUAUUCACGAAACGUUGUGUAUGUGAGUGUGACAGGACUGUUAUGUGAACAAAUGAUUUUACGGGAAAAAUGUUUGUGAGAAGGUCAUAAUGUGUUUCCUGGAUCCGUAGCAAGACUGUGUCUCUCUCUCGCUCUCUCUCUCUCUCUCUCGCCUGUUUUUUAUUUUUUUUUAUUUUUUUUUUUAGGUCAGUUGUGUCUCCAUCUGCUUUGUACGCUGCAGUGGAAUGAAUGCAUCUAGAUUCCAGCUGCACUGUGACUUUAUUUAUACCUCUGCCUGAGGGCUGGAGAGCUGCUCACACACGCACUUUCCUCCCCCCCCCCCCCCCCCCCCCCCCCAAACACUAGCAGCACAAGACCUGGCAAACCAGGUUACAGACUGGAUGCAAUCCUCAGUGCAGCUUUUUGGUUUCAUCUCGAUGUUACAGGGAUGCUGAAAGUUUCACAACACUCAAAAAGUCAGAUGAGCAAUAGUGCAUGUUUUUACUCAUUUUUUUUUUUAUUUUCAGUAAUGCACUACAAAUCAUGGACACACUUAGAGAACAAGAACAAAAAAUAAGGAACACACUGCAUGCAGUAGGGCACAAUAGUACAUUAAAAGUUAUUUGAAAAAA